AUGCCGCAUAAAGCGGGAUCCAUUUUAGAAAAACUUGGCAUCCAGAAUAAGUACAGAUUCGUGCACAGGAUCGGUAGCUUACUGAUAUCCAAGUGGAGCUCAACACUGACGAUCAAGGACUUUGAUUUUGAUGGCGUUCCGGUCAGAGUGUAUUGGCCUAAAACGACUACUUCUGGGAAGAGAAGAGGAGUGGUUGUCAUUCCUCCAUGUGCUGCCAUUGUCAGAAAUAUAUGGAUAGGAGACCCACUAUGCUGCUUAAUUUCCCAGGAGACUGAUUCUGUCACUGUGAACAUUGCGUUUCGUUUGGCGCCAGAGCAUAUCUUCCCGAUCCCACUCAUGGAUUGCUGCAAGGCUACCGCACACUUCUUGAAAAAUGCAGCGGAAUUCGGAGUGGACCCAAAUCGCAUCACUAUCUUGGGAGAAUGUAGCGGAGGGACAUUUGCUGCCGUCGUUUGUCAACAGUUGGCGGCCAGGCCGGAUCUCCCAAAGCCUUGCGCUCAGGUCCUAAUCUAUCCCUAUUUCCAGGCCAUCGAUUUCAACUUGCCUUCGUAUCAGCAGAACCAGAGAGUCCCCAUGUUGUUCAAGAAACGGGCCUUGAGGAUGGGUAUGGUGUAUCUGACGGGGAAGAUGUUCAACGUGGAGGUCCUCAUGAGGAACGCUCACCUCCCCAAACACGUCUGGAUGAAAUUCAGGAAGUGGGUCAGUCCCGACCUCAUCCCGGAGAGAUUCAAGGGCCGGGGUUAUGUGCCCAUGGAGAGGCCUGAGUUUAGCCCAAAACUUUAUGAACAAUGCAAAGAAAUAACCAACCCCAUGUUUUCCCCGCUGUUGGCAGAGGAUGACGUGAUCCGACAGCUCCCCAAGACUUUCAUUCUGACCUGUGAGUACGAUGUUUUCCGAGACGACGGGCUCUUGUACAAGAAGCGGCUGGAGGACAACGGCGUCCCAGUGACGUGGUAUCACAUUGAGGACGGAUUCCACUGCAUAACGGCUGUCAGUGUCAUUCCGCUCCUGGAAUACCCAACUCAGAAAAUCCAUUUCCGACAUGUGACUGAUUUCAUUAACAGUAUAUAAGGCACAUGUUCUAUUUUUGCUUUCUGUGAGUUUUUCGGGCUGUAGGGUCACGUUCCAGCAAAAUUCUCUCCUUUGUUGCUUUCCCAAAUGUUAACUUCCGCUCUAGAUAGAUGGAGUAAGUAGACUGAUUGUCUGAAUUACGGUAAAUAUAUAUACUGUAUGUCUACACACACUUCCUCUCUCCUGUGUGACUCAGUGUGAGUAUCUGCUUAUGUUGUAUGUGAUACACCCUGCAAGAUCAAAUACUCAGCCCAAACCCUGUGGGGACAACGAUCAGGAAGAAGGAGGUCAACCUUAUAGGGACAGGCUUUCAGGGGAAGGAGAUCAAUAAUAAUAAAUAAUAACAAAACUUUAUUUAUACCCCACCACCAUCUCCC